AUCAAGUGGAAGUACAUCUCGUAGAUGUUUGUGAAAAGAGAAAUACCAAACACAAAGUUCAAGAUGUACGAUUCCUUAGGUUUAUAGAUAUAAAGCCAAGAGGAUGUGUGAAUGUUGGUCGAAUGAAUAGUAAGAAUGUUAAAGGAGGCACCGAUAAAAGAAACACCCGAAAUAUUGACUACGAUGGUGAUGAAAAGAAGUUUUUUUUGAAUGUCAUCAAAG